GCUCGGGGCACUUGGCUUAAGUAAGGGCGCCGCGCUACCUGCCUGCUGCUGGGCGGGGGGAAGGCGGCAAGAGCUGGGGAGCGCCUGGAACGCUUCAGAUUCUCCAUCUGUGUCAGCGGUGAACCGGCCCAUUGUAAAGAGAUCAGGAAUCGCUGGCUCCAGGAGUCCCUAUCCCAGCCCCUUCGCCUGACUCUUUCUCUGGCUCCCGCGGUCCUUCUGAGAGAUGAUGGUACAUAAGAGCUUCCAGGAACGCUGCGCUGUGGGAUAGAGGAAUGAGUCUCACCAUGGCCUUCUGGACACAGCUGAUGCUGCUGCUCUGGAAGAAUUCCAUGUAUCGCCGGAGACAGCCGGUCCAGCUUCUGGUCGAAUUGCUGUGGCCUCUCUUCCUCUUCUUCAUCCUGGUGGCUGUUCGCCACUCCCACCCGCCCCUGGAGCACCAUGAAUGCCACUUCCCCAACAAGCCACUGCCAUCGGCGGGCACCGUGCCCUGGCUCCAGGGUCUCAUCUGUAACAUGAACAACACCUGCUUCCCACAGCUGACACUGGGCGAGGAGCCCGGGCGUCUGAGCAACUUCAACAAUUCCCUGGUCUCCCGGCUGCUAGCCGAUGCCCGCACUGUGCUGGGAGGGGCCGGUGCCCACAGGACGCUGGCUGGCCUGGGGAAGCUGAUCGCCAUGCUGAGGGCUGCACCCAGCACAGCCCGGCCUCAACCAACCAAGGAGUCUCCACUGGAACCACCUAUGCUGGACGUCGCGGAGCUGCUGACGUCAUUGCUGCGCACGGAAUCCCUGGGGUUGGCACUGGGCCAAGCCCAGGAGCCCUUGCAGAGCUUGUUGGAGGCAGCUGAGGACCUGGCCCAGGAGAUCCUGGCACUGCCUAGCCUGGUGGAGCUUCAGGCACUGCUGCACAGACCCCGAGGGACUGGUGGGCCCCUGGAGUUGCUGUCUGAGGCCCUCUGCAGUGCCAGGGGACCUAGCAGCGCAGUGGGCCCCUCCCUCAACUGGUACGAGGCUAGUGACCUGAUGGAGCUGGUGAGGCAGGAGCCAGAAUCGGCCCUGCCGGACAGCAGCCUGAGCCCCGCCUGCUCAGAGCUGAUUGGAGCCCUGGACAACCAUCCGCUGUCCCGCCUGCUCUGGAGACGCCUGAAGCCUCUGAUCCUGGGGAAGCUGCUGUUUGCACCAGAUACACCUUUUACCCGGAAGCUCAUGGCCCAGGUGAACCAGACCUUUGAGGAGCUGGCCCUGCUGAGGGAUGUCCAGGAGGUGUGGGAGGUGCUGGGACCCCAGAUCUUCACCUUCAUGAACGACAGUUCCAAUGUGGCCAUGCUGCAGCGGCUCCUGCAAAUGCAGGACGAAGGAAGAAGGCAGCCCAGGCCUGGAGGCCAGGACCACAUGGAGGCCCUGCGAUCCUUCCUGGACCCUGGGAGCGGUGGCUACAGCUGGCAGGACGCACAUGCUGAUGUGGGGCGCCUGGUGGGCACGCUGGGCCGAGUGGCGGAGUGCCUGUCCUUGGACAAGCUGGAGGCGGCACCCUCAGAGGCAGCCCUGGUGUCGCGGGCCCUGCAACUGCUCGCGGAACAUCGAUUCUGGGCCGGCGUCGUCUUCUUGGGACCUGAGGAUUCUUCAGACCCCACAGAACACCCAACCCCACACCUGGGCCCGGGUCACGUGCGCAUCAAAAUCCGCAUGGACAUUGACGUGGUCACCAGGACCAAUAAGAUCAGGGACAGGUUUUGGGACCCUGGCCCAGCUGCGGACCCCUUGACCGACCUGCGCUACGUAUGGGGCGGCUUCGUGUACCUGCAGGACCUGGUGGAGCGCGCAGCCGUCCGCGUGCUCAGCGGCGCCGCCCCCCGGGCCGGCCUCUACCUGCAGCAGAUGCCCUAUCCGUGCUAUGUGGAUGACGUGUUCCUGCGUGUGCUGAGCCGGUCGCUGCCGCUCUUCCUGACGCUGGCCUGGAUCUACUCCGUGACGCUGACGGUGAAGGCCGUGGUGCGGGAAAAGGAGACACGGCUGCGGGACACCAUGCGCGCCAUGGGGCUCAGCCGCGGGGUGCUCUGGCUCGGCUGGUUCCUCAGCUGCCUUGGGCCCUUCCUGCUCAGCGCCGCGCUGCUGGUUCUGGUGCUCAAGCUGGGGGACAUCCUCCCCUACAGCCACCCGGGCGUGGUCUUCGUGUUCUUGGCGGCCUUCGCCGUGGCCACGGUGACCCAGAGCUUCCUGCUCAGCGCCUUCUUUUCCCGCGCCAACCUGGCUGCGGCCUGCGGCGGCCUGGCCUACUUCUCCCUCUAUCUGCCCUACGUGCUGUGCGUGGCUUGGCGGGACCGGCUGCCGGCGGGUGGCCGCGUGGCCGCGAGCCUGCUGUCGCCCGUGGUCUUCGGCUUCGGCUGCGAGAGCCUGGCGCUGCUGGAGGAGCAGGGCGAGGGCGCGCAAUGGCACAACGUGGGCACCCAGCCCACAGCAGACGUCUUCAGCCUGGCCCAGGUCUCUGGCCUUCUGCUGCUGGACGCGGCGCUCUACAGCCUCGCCACCUGGUACCUGGAAGCUGUGUGCCCAGUGCUGGUGGAGGAGGCACCGCCUGGCCUGAGUCCUGGGGUCUCCGUUCGCGGCCUGGAGAAGCACUUUGCUGGCAGCCCGCAGCCAGCCCUGCGGGGACUCAGCCUGGAUUUCUACCAGGGCCACAUCACCGCCUUCCUGGGCCACAACGGGGCCGGCAAGACCACGACACUGUCCAUCUUGAGUGGUCUCUUCCCACCCAGUGGUGGCUCUGCAUUCAUCCUGGGCCACGACGUCCGCUCCAGCAUGACCGCCAUCCGGCCCCACCUGGGCAUCUGUCCCCAGUACAACGUGUUGUUUGACAUGCUGACCGUGGGCGAGCACAUCUGGUUCUAUGGGCGGCUGAAGGGUCUGAGUGCCGCUGCGGUGGGUCCCGAGCAGCACCGUCUGCUGCAGGACGUGGGGCUGGUCUCCAAGCAGAGUGUGCAGACUCGCCACCUCUCUGGUGGGAUGCAACGGAAGCUGUCUGUGGCCAUUGCCUUUGUGGGCGGCUCCCAGGUUGUUUUCCUGGAUGAGCCGACAGCUGGUGUGGAUCCUGCUUCCCGCCGCGGCAUUUGGGAGCUGCUGCUCAAAUACCGAGAAGGUCGCACACUGAUCCUCUCCACCCACCACCUGGAUGAGGCGGAGCUGCUGGGAGACCGUGUGGCUGUGGUGGCGGGGGGUCGCUUGUGCUGCUGUGGCUCCCCACUCUUCCUGCGUCGUCAACUGGGCUCCGGCUACUACCUGACGCUAGUGAAGGCCCGCCUGCCCCUGACCACCAAUGAGAAGGCUGACACUGACAUGGAGGGCAGCAUGGACACCAGGCAGGAAAAGAAGAAUGGCAGCCAGGGCAGCAGAGUCGGCACUCCUCAGCUGCUGGCCCUGGUGCAGCACUGGGUGCCCGGGACACGGCUGGUGGAGGAGCUGCCACACGAACUGGUGCUGGUGCUGCCCUACACGGGUGCCCAUGACGGCAGCUUCGCCACACUCUUCCAAGAGCUAGACACGCGGCUGGCAGAGCUGAGCCUCACUGGCUACGGGAUCUCCGACACCAGCCUCGAGGAGAUCUUCCUGAAGGUGGUGGAGGACUAUGCUGCGGACACAAAUACGGAGGAUGGCAGCUGUGGGCAGCACCCGUGCACGGGCAUUGCUGGCCUAGAUGUGACCCUGCGGCUCAAGAUGCCACCGGAAGAGACAGCGCUGGAGAAUGGGGAGCCAGCUGGGUCAGCCCCAGAGACCCAGGCCCUGCAGGGCUCUGGGCCAGACACCGUGGGCCGGGUACAGGGCUGGGCACUGACCCGCCAGCAGCUCCAGGCCCUGCUUCUCAAGCGCUUUCUGCUUGCCCGCCGCAGCCGCCGCGGCCUGUUCGCGCAGAUCGUGCUGCCUGCCCUCUUUGUGGGCCUGGCCCUUGUGUUCAGCCUCAUCGUGCCUCCAUUCGGGCACUACCCGGCUCUGCGGCUCAGUCCCACCAUGUACGGUGCUCAGGUGUCUUUCUUCAGCGAGGACGCCCCGGGGGACCCUGGACGUGCCCGGCUGCUUGAGGCACUGCUGCAGGAGGCAGGACUGGAGGAGCCCUCCGUGCAGAAUAGCUCCAACAGGUUCUCGGCACCAGAAGUUCCUGCUGAAGUGGCCAAGGUCUUGGCCAGUGGCAACUGGACCCCAGAGUCUCCUUCCCCAGACUGCCAGUGUAGCCGGCCCGGCGCCCGGCGCCUGUUGCCCGACUGCCCGGCUGCAGCUGGUGGUCCCCCUCCGCCCCAGGCAGUGAGCAGCUCCGGGGAAGUGAUUCAGAACCUGACGGGCCGGAACCUAUCUGACUUCCUGGUCAAGACCUACCCGCGCCUGGUGCGCCAGGGCCUGAAGACUAAGAAGUGGGUGAAUGAGGUCAGGUAUGGAGGAUUCUCGCUGGGGGGCCGAGACCCAAGCCUGCCCUCGGGCCAAGAGUUGGGCCACUCAGUGGAGGAGUUGCGGGCGCUGCUAAGCCCCUUGCCUGGCGGGGCCCUCGACCGUGUCCUGAAUAACCUCACAGCCUGGGCUCACAGCCUGGAUUCUCAGGACAGCCUCAAGAUCUGGUUCAACAACAAAGGUUGGCACUCCAUGGUGGCCUUUGUCAACCGAGCCAACAACGCACUCCUACGUGCUCACCUGCCCCUAGGCUCGGCCCGCCACACCCACAGCAUCACCACACUCAACCACCCCUUGAACCUCACCAAGGAGCAGCUGUCUGAGGCCGCACUGAUGGCCUCCUCGGUGGAUGUCCUCGUCUCCAUCUGUGUGGUCUUUGCCAUGUCCUUCGUCCCGGCCAGCUUCACUCUUGUCCUCAUUGAGGAGCGAGUCACCCGAGCCAAGCACCUGCAGCUCAUGGGGGGCCUGUCCCCCACCCUCUACUGGCUAGGCAACUUUCUCUGGGACAUGUGUAACUAUUUGGUGCCAGCGUGCAUCGUGGUGCUCAUCUUUCUGGCCUUCCAGCAGAGGGCAUAUGUGGCCCCUGCCAACCUGCCUGCUCUCCUGCUGUUGCUACUACUGUAUGGCUGGUCGAUCACACCGCUCAUGUACCCAGCCUCCUUCUUCUUCUCCGUGCCCAGCACGGCCUAUGUGGUACUCACCUGCAUAAACCUCUUUAUUGGCAUCAAUGGAAGUAUGGCCACCUUUGUGCUGGAGCUCUUCUCUGAUCAGAAGCUGCAGGAGGUGAGCCGGAUCUUGAAACAGGUCUUCCUUAUCUUCCCCCACUUCUGCUUGGGCCGGGGGCUCAUCGACAUGGUGCGGAACCAGGCCAUGGCUGAUGCCUUUGAGCGCUUGGGAGACAGGCAGUUCCAGUCACCCCUGCGCUGGGAGGUGGUCGGCAAGAACCUCUUGGCCAUGGUGAUACAGGGUCCCGUCUUCCUUCUCUUCACACUGCUGCUGCAGCACCGAAGCCAACUCCUGCCACAACCCAAGGUGAGGUCCCUGCCACCCCUGGGAUUGGAGGAUGAGGAUGUAGCCCGUGAACGGGAGCGGGUGGUCCGAGGAGCCACCCAGGGAGAUGUGUUGGUGCUGAGGAACUUGACCAAGGUGUACCAUGGGCAGAAGAUGCCAGCUGUUGACCGUUUGUGCCUGGGGAUCCCCCCUGGUGAGUGUUUUGGACUGCUGGGCGUGAACGGAGCAGGGAAAACGUCCACGUUUCGCAUGGUGACUGGGGACAUAUUGGCCAGCGGGGGCGAGGCUGUGCUGGCAGGCCACAGCGUGGCCCAGGAACCCAGUGCUGCACACCUCAGCAUGGGCUACUGCCCUCAAUCCGAUGCCAUCUUUGAGCUGCUGACGGGCCGUGAGCACCUGGAGCUGUUUGCGCGCCUGCGCGGUGUCCCGGAGACCCAGGUUGCCCAGACUGCUGGCUCGGGCCUAGCGCGCCUGGGACUCUCAUGGUACGCAGACCGGCCUGCAGGCACCUACAGCGGAGGGAACAAACGCAAGCUGGCGACGGCCGUGGCACUGGUUGGGGACCCAGCCAUGGUGUUUCUGGACGAGCCGACCACAGGCAUGGACCCCAGCGCACGGCGCUUCCUCUGGAACAGCCUUUUGGCCGUGGUGCGGGAGGGCCGUUCAGUGAUGGUCACCUCCCACAGCAUGGAGGAGUGUGAAGCGCUCUGCUCGCGCCUGGCCAUCAUGGUGAAUGGGCGGUUCUGCUGCCUGGGCAGCCCGCAACAUCUCAAGGGCAGAUUCGCGGCCGGCCACACACUGACCCUGCGGGUUCCCGCCGAGAGGUCCCAGCUGGCAGCGGCCUUCGUGGCGGCCGAGUUCCCUGGGGCGGAGCUGCGUGAGGCACACGGAUGCCGCCUGCGCUUCCAGCUGCCGCCGGGAGGGCGCUGCGCCCUGGCGCGCGUCUUUGGAGUGCUGGCGGUGCACGGCGCAGAGCACGGGGUGGAGGACUUUUCUGUGAGCCAGACGAUGCUGGAGGAGGUAUUCUUGUACUUCUCCGAGGACCAGGGGAAGGAUGAGGACGCAGAGGAGCACAAGGAGGCAGGAGUGGGAGUGGACCCCGCGCCAGGCCUGCAGCGCCCCAAACGCAUCAGCCAGUUUCUCGAUGACACUAGCACUGAGGAGACUGUGCUCUGAACCUCCCUCCCCUGCAGGGCCGUGGGGAGGCCCUGGGAAUGGCAAGGGCAGGGUAGAGUGCCCAGGCGCCCUGGACUUAGGCUGGCAGAGGGGCUGGUGCCCUGGAGAAAAUAAAGAGAAGGCUGGAGAGAAGCGGUGGUGGUGAAA